AUGAAGUUCACCAGCGCCAUCAUAUUCGCCACGGUCGCCUCCGUUACGGUCGCUUCCCCCACGGUGGCUCCCCCUACUGUCGCUCCCCCCGAGGUCGCCUCUGCUGGCGUUUCCGAAUCAAGCAACUAUGCCGUCGUCAAGGAGGCCGUAAUGCAUAUCCACUCCAGGAUGAAAAUUCUCUCAAGGCAAACAAAUGCUUUUAGCAGCGAGAGUGGCAGUCUUACCAAUAUGUUUCUUACAUUUCAGAUGUCUAUCUAUGAUAGCAUGCUGAAGAUUGCUAACACAACCGCUCCUAAGCUUGGACUUGACGAUGCCAAAAGCCUUACGCAGGUUUCCGAACUUAUCCUGCUAGACAGGGGCAGGACCGUUUUGAAUCCUCUGGAAACCAAAAUGGCAUCUAUUAUAGCCGCCGAAAAUUGCUGCUAUAUUAACCAAGUUCUCAACCUCUUUGGCGAAUGCAUCGACGCAUUCUAUAAGGCUGUUGACUCCAGGCUGGUGAGCUACUAUGCUGUUGGCUCUACGGAGGCCAGGAAUGAGCCGAAACGUAUCCUAAAGAUUCAGUACGAAGAUUUCAACAGCUACUUGGGUGACAUGAAGCAGAAAUUCUUGCCCAGCUGCGCAUCCGGUCGAUUGGAGUACAAUGUUGUGGAGAAGAGAGACACUUAG